AUGAACGCUCUUCGGUUCCAUGGCCAGCAUGACUUGCGGUUUGAGAAGAUCCCAGUACCAGAAGUAAAAGCGGGCCAAGUCAAGACUGAACAACAAUACCGCGAGACUGACAUUGAUAUAUACCUCCACGAGUACCUGGGUGGCCCCAAUCUUUGCCCGACUACGCCUCAUCCAAUCACCGGCGAAACAGUCCCACUUACCUUUGGACAUGAGUUCAGCGGAACAGUAGAAGAAGUAAGCGACGGUGUAACAGACUACAAACCCGGCGAUCGAGUGGUAAUCCAGCCCAUCAUCUACGAUGACACAUGCGGUGCGUGUGAGGAAGGCCUACAAAACUGUUGCUGGUCAAAUGGAUUCAUAGGCCUUUCAGGAUGGGGUGGUGGACUAGCAGACCACAUCGUUGUCCCGACUUCAACUCUCUAUCAUCUUCCCGACAAUGUACCCCUCGAGAUCGGCGCUCUUGUGGAACCUCUUGCAGUUGGGUGGCACGCCGUUAAAGUCAGCCCCUACAAGAAAGGCGACGUUGCACUGGUGCUGGGUGGUGGGCCCAUUGGUAUCUCUACCAUUCUAGCAUUGAAGGCGAAUGGAUGCGACAGGAUCAUUGUAUCCGAAGUCAGCAAGAAGCGACAGCUGUUUGCAAGCAAAUUCGGGGCCCAUUACAUCAUCGACCCAACCAAGGAAGAUCUCGCGACACGAUGCCGCGAACUCACCGGGGGAAAAGGCGUACACGUAGUCUACGACUGCGCUGGCGUCCAAGCCGCUCUCAAUCAAGCUGUGCAUGCAACACGUGCCCGGGGCUGCAUCGUCAACAUUGCUAUCUGGGAAAAGCCUUGCACGAUUUUCACCAACGACUUCAACUUCAAGGAGAGGUCUUAUAUGGGCAUUGCGACGUAUGAAGUGGGCGACUUCCAAGAGGUCAUUGACGCGCUCAGCAGAGGAGACAUGGACCCAAAAGACAUGAUUACGCAGAGGAUUCAAUUGACUGAAGUAGAAGAGAAGGGGUUCAAGAGUUUGAUAAACGACAAAGAUAAUCAAGUCAAGAUUCUGGUCGAGGUUGGCGGAGGGGCUUGA